UUUAGCUCCUUGGCUAGCACAAGCCUUACGCACAAGUGCUCGAAUGUGCGCAAGCGCCGGUCGCCUAUACCGUCUGUGGAGAAUCAGGCGCAGCAAAAAGUUCAAAGUGUUCCAGAGGUUCCGGAAGUUUUUUGGAACAUGAAGUGGCUCGCUAGCACGGUCUUGCUGCUGCAGCUCUCCUGGCAUUGCAGCAGUCGAGCGUUUCCAGAAGAGAACAUCAGCGUCUACACUUCUAACACCACCAUUGGUCGAGGAGAUGUGUACCGUCAGAUAGCGAACAACAUCGCUGAGAGGAUCACCUCCCCGAUUUAUAGGUUCCUGGGCAUUGGUACAAACAAAACUGAACCAACGACCAAGAAGCCGUGGACCAACAUUGAAUCACUCGACGAGCCGGAAGAUGUCGCUAAAACCGACCUCAAACCACUCGGCAACGGGCUCGAAGAUCGCGACGUCGAAGAACUAUCAGUAGAAGCUUUGAAGAAAAAUGAUAAGAAACCUGAAAAAUACACACUAUAUUCCAGUUAUCUACCUGCUAAAUUAGAAAUAGUUGAUAACAAAGAAAAUGACACGGUAAAUGAAGUUGAUGAUCCGUUUGAAUUCGACGAUGAUGAUGAUGAUGAUUUUGAAACUAAACCUAGGGAAGGAGGAUUUGUGUAUUAUUUAGAGCUUUUAGGAAGCUUUUUCCAGUUGGCUUUAGGUGCUGUGCUGGCGAUAUUUAAAUCGUCGUCUGGUUCAAAUUAGGAAAGAACAUAUUAUUAGAAGUUCUAGUCGCUUGUAAGUCAGUAUUUUUAAAGAUUUUACCAGUGUAAUAAUCAAUAUUAAGUGUCAUAUUUUACAAACUUAUAAUAACGUAAGCACACAAGUACUUUCCUAGUGUUUACAGGUUACCAAACAUUUUAUUUGUGACUGUCCAAAUGUUAGUGUUACAAGUACAAUUUUUCUUCAUCGUUUUAUUAUUUAUGAUUUUUGUAUUGUUAAAGUUUAUUUUUAUUUUAUUUUUAUUAUCUAUUGUGACAGUUUUUAUGAUGGGUAUAAGGUUAUUUUCAUAUUUGAAUCCCCGUUUUUGUUGUUCCCGAAAUUUGUUGAUUUAUUUAUUUCUAAUUCAUAAAAGUCAAUAAUGAAUAUACCUAAUGAUUUAGUGCCAGUGCCAUCAUCAUCACCACAAAUAACUAUAAGCAAAUUUAUCUUGUGUCCAUAUUUUCAAAUGUUUAAUCAUACACUAAUAUUUAAUAAAUGUUAAAUAUCUA